AUGGCGGUUCGAUCUAGCAAAGCGGAGGAGCUUGGAUCGCGAGGUGGAGAAGACGUCGGCGUCGCUAGGCAAACCGCGAUGAGGUCCACGAUUUUGACGAGGUGGACACCGAUCGAGGGAAGCUUGCAUCGCGAAGUGGAGACGAUAGCUCCUUUGGAAGGUGACAUCGGUGACGAGGUGAUGCGACGACGACGAGGUGAAAUAUCAGAUUUAGGACUUCGUUGA